AUGGCUGGCGAGACCUUCGAGUUCCAGGCUGAGAUCUCUCAGCUUCUCUCCCUCAUCAUCAACACAGUCUACUCCAACAAGGAAAUCUUCCUGAGAGAACUUGUUUCCAACUGUUCCGAUGCUCUCGACAAGAUUAGAUAUGAGGCCCUCUCCGACUCGAGUAAGCUCGAGUCUGGAAAGGAUCUCCGCAUCGACAUUAUCCCAGACAAGGAGAACAAGACCCUCACUAUCCGCGAUACUGGUAUUGGUAUGACCAAGGCUGACCUCGUCAACAACCUCGGCACGAUCGCACGAUCCGGCACCAAGCAAUUUAUGGAGGCUCUCACCGCAGGUGCUGAUAUUUCCAUGAUUGGUCAAUUUGGUGUCGGUUUCUACUCCGCAUACCUCGUCGCAGACCGCGUUACCGUCGUUUCCAAGAACAACGAUGAUGAGCAAUACAUCUGGGAGUCCUCUGCUGGUGGAACUUUCACCCUUACCCCAGACACCGAGGGCGAGCAACUCGGCCGUGGUACCAAGAUCAUUCUUCACUUGAAGGAUGAGCAAACCGACUACCUAAACGAGUCAAAGAUCAAGGAGGUCAUCAAGAAGCACUCCGAAUUCAUCUCAUACCCAAUCUACCUCCACGUCACAAAGGAGACUGAGACUGAGGUUCCUGAUGAGGAGGAGGAGACCAAGGAGGAUGAGGGCGAUGAGAAGAAGGCCAAGAUCGAGGAGGUCGAUGAUGAGGAGGAAGAAAAGAAGGAGAAGAAGACCAAGAAGAUUAAGGAGACCAAGAUUGAGGAGGAGGAGCUCAACAAGCAAAAGCCAAUCUGGACUCGUAAUCCUUCCGACAUCACCCCAGAGGAGUACGGUUCCUUCUACAAGUCUCUCUCCAACGACUGGGAGGAUCACCUUGCUGUCAAGCAUUUCUCUGUUGAGGGUCAACUCGAGUUCCGCGCUAUUCUCUUCGUCCCUAAGCGUGCUCCUUUCGAUCUCUUCGAGACCAAGAAGACCAAGAACAACAUCAAGCUUUACGUCCGCCGUGUCUUCAUCACUGAUGAUGCCACCGAUCUCAUUCCUGAGUGGUUGAGCUUCGUCAAGGGUGUUGUCGACUCUGAGGAUCUCCCACUCAACUUGUCUCGUGAGACUCUCCAACAAAACAAGAUCAUGAAGGUCAUCAAGAAGAACAUCGUCAAGAAGGUUCUUGAGCUCUUCCAAGAGAUCUCCGAGGACAAGGAGCAAUUCGACAAGUUCUACACUGCUUUCAGCAAGAACAUCAAGCUCGGUAUUCACGAGGAUUCCCAAAACAGACCUGCUCUCGCCAAGCUCCUCAGAUUCAACUCCACCACCUCUGGCGAUGACCAAACUUCUCUUGCCGACUAUGUUACCCGCAUGCCUGAGCACCAGAAGAACAUGUACUACAUCACUGGCGAGUCUCUCAAGGCUGUCCAGAAGUCUCCAUUCCUCGACUCCCUCAAGGAGAAGAAGUUUGAGGUUCUCUUCUUGGUCGACCCCAUUGAUGAGUACGCCAUGACUCAACUCAAGGAGUUCGAUGGCAAGAAGCUUGUUGAUAUUACCAAGGACUUCGAGCUUGAGGAGACUGAAGAUGAGAAGAAGGUCCGUGAGUCCGAGGAGAAGGAGUUCGAGGGUCUUGCCAAGGCUCUCAAGAACGUCUUGGGUGACAAGGUCGAGAAGGUUGUUGUCAGCCACAAGUUGGUCGGUGCUCCUUGCGCCAUCCGUACCGGUCAAUUCGGUUGGUCCGCAAAUAUGGAGCGUAUCAUGAAGGCCCAGGCUCUCCGUGACACCUCCAUGUCAUCUUACAUGUCCUCCAAGAAGACAUUCGAGAUUUCGCCCCGCUCGCCUAUCAUCAAGGAGCUGAAGAAGAAGGUUGAGGCUGAUGGUGAGAACGACCGAACUGUCAAGUCGAUCACUCAACUUCUAUUCGAGACUUCUCUUCUCGUUUCCGGUUUCACCAUCGAGGAGCCAGCCGGAUUUGCCGAGCGUAUUCACAAGCUUGUCUCUCUUGGCCUGAAUGUCGAUGAGGAGCCAGAGGCAGUUGAGGAGGCCGCUGAUGAGGAGGUCACCGGUGAUGCGCCAGCCGAGAGCGCCAUGGAGGAGGUUGACUAA